AUGAACAUUGUCAAUGAAAAGUGGGGUUUGAUUCCUUCAGAUCCUGCUGUGUUUGAUGACAUGAUUCAACAAUACGGUGUAAAGGACACAAAAGUGCAAGAAGUUCUUACACUUGAUUUUGAAGAUCUUGUUAAAGAAGGACCUGUUCAUGGUUUGAUAUUCAUCUCAAAAUAUGUAGAAGAAGAACUACCAGACAACUUUCAUGAAGCUGAUCCUGAUGCAGAAGCAGUUAUCUUUACUGCUCAAGUUAUUACCAACGUAUGUGGUACUUUAGCAUUACUUGCUAUCUUAUUUAAUGCAGAUAUUGACAGAGGUGAUAUCUUGAACAACUUUUUGGAAUUCACCAAGGGCUUUUCACCAGUGAAUCGAGGUAUUUGCUUAGGCAACUCUGAACAGAUACGAACCAUACACGACGCUUAUGCAACACAUGCAAAUCAAAUAGAUAUGGACGAUACCCUUUCUAAUGUCUCUGAGAAUGAUAAUGCAGAGUUUAUUGAUGUGGACGAUUUCCAUUACAUUACUUAUAUUCAAAAAGAUGGCUAUGUAUGGGAAUUAGAUGGCCUAAAGUAUCAACCUGUCAAAAUAGCCCAAUGUAAUGAGGAAAACUGGCUUGAGGUUGUGAAGCCUGUAUUACAACAACGCAUGAACUCUUCUACUGAAAAUGAGUUGACAUUCAGUCUUAUGGCUGUCACUCGGGACUCUUAUGGUGCUAUGUCUCAACAACAUAAAGCCUAUGAAGAAUGCCUCCAGAUCACUCAACAAGUCUUACGUCAAGACUAUUCACGCCCUACACUGACUAGAAAGGAGAAACUGUGUCUUCAAAUCAUGGAAAAUAACAAUAUACCCCAACAAGAUAUACUUCUGUUUUGGGAAGACAUAACCAAAGGAAACAAAGAAGCUGCUCAACCCAAGAUGGAAGCCUUGCAGAAAUCUGCUGAAGCAUUAAAGACACAACUACAACAACUAUCAGAACAAAAGAACUUAGCCAAAAUUGAUGUGGAAAGACAGAAAUUUGAUUAUUUCCCUUUUAUCAAUGCUUUACUGACAAAAGCCUACAUACAUCAACUAUUACAAGAUCAAUCUCAACCUAAAAGAAAAAAGGCAAAAAAGACAAAAUAA